CUCUCCAUAGGUACACAUCUGGUUUUGUAGCAGCAAGGUGGUUUCAGCGCGUAAAUUCCAAUUCGAUAUCUAUACACGGAGGAGAAGCAGAAGAGAACAAAUACAUAUUAUUAAAAACUGAUUUUGAAACAGAUUUCAAAAUAUAAUUUUGCAUUAAAUACUUAAUUUGCUUCCGUCAUUAAUCAAUUAAAAACAAAAUGUGCAAUCUAAGGAAAGCCGCAUCUGCUCUACACAAACUUUUCGUAUAUGGUGGACUUAAAUACGGACAGCCCAGUCACUCCAUAUUGGCCAAUGAUGCCAAUGGAUUGGCCAAAUUCUGGUGCAGAGCUACAACAACCGAAAAAUAUCCAUUGGUUAUCGCCACCCGUUAUAACAUUCCAUUUUUGCUCAACAAACCGGGUUUGGGUUAUUAUGUAACUGGUGAAAUUUAUGAGGUCGAUGACAAAAUGUUGAAGUCCCUGGAUAACCUUGAAGACUGUCAAGAUAUUUAUGUCAGAGAAAUGCGUGAUAUGAACAUUGGAGUGGGUGAGGGAACCGUUCCCUGUUAUGUGUAUCUGCUGAAUAAAUAUCCUGAGAAACUUUUGAAUCUUCCCUUCUUGUCGAGCUAUGAAAAUGGACCUGCCCAUCCCUAUGUUAUGCGCAACAAACGCCACCACAAACAUCCCCCCAAUGAAGACUUGUCCUACAACACCACUGCCGCUGCUUAAACGUGACAUGUUUUGUCAUCUGUAUAUUUAUGACUCACUCAAGUGAACUCUACCAUCUUCCAUCAGAGAUCAUUGUGUUAUUCCGGAUCUAUUGGUUAUAUAGUUUUUUUAGCCGUACGCAGGACAUGCUCAUAAGUUUAGUGAAUAAGAAUUAUUUUUAACUUUCGAAAAUUUGUGAUUCGAAAUGCAUUUUUACAUUUGUAGAAAUAGAGAUCAUCGUAGUAUCGCGUAUUUAUGUAUAAAUAUAUAUAUGUAUUGAUUGCAUUUUCCAAAAUACUGGACCCAACAAUAAAAACAACUUACAUUUAAA